AGGUAGGUUUCUUCGCUUCCCCAAGUAGGCGCGUCUUCAAGGGGGCGGGGAACAGCGUCCAAUGAAAAGGCGGAGUGGAAGCCGGCGGUGCGGGUUGGGAGCGGGAGAUGGACGUGCUACAUAGUUCAGGAGUCGUCUUGGCUGCUUAUUUGCAAGAGAAAUGCCUGGACUUUUCUCAGUUCUGGCUAUGGGUGAAUCAUCUCGGAGACCCCGCUCACAUCUACGUCAUCUACUUCCCCCUGGCUUACUGCAUCUGCAACAGGCUAGGAGUGGCCAUCCUGUGGACAGGUCUCCUCUCUGAGUGGUUGAAUCUCAUAUUUAAAUGGUUUUUAUUUGGGGAGCGGCCAUUUUGGUGGAUAUAUGAAUCUGGGAUGCACAGUGACCUACAUUUAACACAGUUCCCAUUAACAUGUGAGACAGGACCUGGGAGCCCUUCAGGGCACUGUAUGAUCACAGGAGCUGCACUUUGGCCAGUAAUGAUGUUCUUCACCAACCUACGGCCCCAAAGGACUUUGCUGAGCUUGGUGCCCAUCAUACUGUAUAUAAUGCUGAUGGUGGGAGUUGCAAUAUCCAGAGUCCUCAUCCUAGCUCACUUUCCUCACCAGGUUGUGGCUGGUCUCAUAGCAGGGAUGUAUUUGGGGCACAGUAUACCAGGCACUGUCUCUCGAGGCUGUACUUUACUGUUUUUCACGCUAACAUCUGUCCUACUGCUCUUUGGGGCCUUCCUCAUAUAUUUUGGAAUGGGUAUCUUUGGAGUGGAUCUGUCCUGGUCCAUCAAUCGUGCUACAAAAUGGUGUGCAAAACCCGAGUGGGUUCGUCUAGAGACGAGACCCUUUUCUUCAGUGACCCGAAGUGCAGCAAGCGCCUUAGGAUUAGGAUUUGCCUUUCGCUGUCCCCUGUACAGCCGGCUGUGUAAAGGCAAUAGAGACUGGAGGAAAAGGACAAUUACCCUACUCCUUUCAUUGCUAUUGCUUGGCCUCCUUCAUCAUCUCCCCCUACAGACAGCCUCACCAUUGCUCUUCUACUUUUUAAACUUUAUCCGCCAUGUUCUGGGCCCAUUUGCUGUUGUUAUCUUGGCUCCUUUUAUCACACACUCUCUCAGCAUGAGAGCGACAGACAAGAAAGAGUGAUUUCCUCAGUGUAUCUAAUCUGUUAUUACCACCACAGUCAGUUUCGUUUCUCGCUUCCACCUAUAUCUGAAAUGUAAGACUUCAUUUUCUUAUUGGUUUUGGAGUUAUUUCUAUAUUUAAAUAAAAACAGUGUCACCAAGUGACAAAACACA